AUGAGUUUUUAUAGAGAUGACGAAGUUAACGUAGAGUUAACAAAGGAAAUUCAAAAAGACAAAAAGUAUUAAGUUUAUUUAGAAUGGCUCAAGAAGAACGGAGCGUUAUUUGAGAAUAUUGAAUUCCCAGUAGCAUUUGGCAACGGUGGCUAUGUAGGAGUAGCAGCGAAAGAGAGAAUUCCACCAAAUAAAGUGAUAGUCGCGAUUCCAAAUAAAUUGCUUUUGAGUACUGGAAUAGUAGAUUCUAGUCCAUUAAAGCCUGUGUUAUAAUAGAAUCCACAUUUAUUUAACAUAGAUUAGAAUUAUGAUGCCGAUUUUAACAAGCUUACUCUUUAUUUAAUGACAGAGAAAGUUAAAGCAGACAAAUCAUUUUGGGCUCCUUAUUUGAAUAUAUCUCCUACUCAAUUUACAUUAUUGGACUGGACUGAUAAAGAAGUUGAAAAUAUCGGAGAUCCAUAUAUGUUUAAAAUAUUUAAAGAAUAUAGAUAAUCUAUGGAAUAAACUUGGAAGGAAUUCUUGAAAGUCAUAGUUAACUACCCAAAUAUUAUUAGUACUGAUUGUUGCAACAAAAAGUUAUUUUACUGGAGUUAUCAAUUUGUUACAACUCGUUGUUAUGGAUGGAAUUUCCCACAUACGCUCUUGGUGCCUCUUGCAGAUGCAUUUAAUCAUUCAAAAGAUGGAAAUUGCAAUUUAAUUUUCAAUAAAGCCUUUGAAUUGGGUAAGAAGAAGUUACACAAAAACUACAUAGUAAAGAGCAAAGAAGUGGACUAUAGCAUAUUUAAGCAAUUUAACUAUGAACAAGAAGCUUUAAAGCAAAUUUAAAAUCCACCAGAUAUUAAAAAAGCCUACAUCUCUGUUAAUACUUAAGGUAGAAAAGAUAAAUAAUUCUUAGAAGAUUUAUAAAGAUAAGAAGUAGAAAAUGACAUUAGAUUGAUAAAUGCUGAAAAGUUAAAAGCAAAGUAUAAAAAUUUAUGGGAAUUACCCUAUUUUACAACUUCAGAGACUGAAGAUAACGACACUGAAGAGAGUGAUUAAGAGGAAAAUUUUGAAAACAAUCAAGAAUAUAAUCUUCUAAAGGCUAGAGAAAGUAUCUCUGUUCAGUAUAAUUUGUAGGAAAAUAAAGAAGAAGAUAUCCAAUAUGAAAAAUUCGAAGAAUACAAAGAAUUUACAUCUAAAUAACACAGAAAAUAAAAAUACAAGCAUCACCUAGGUGAAGAAAAUUGGGAUUGGUAUGAUUUAAAAGACGAUGACACUUAUUUUACUGUUUCAACUCCUAGAUGGUAGCCAAAGGGAAAAUAAAUUUAUCACUGUUAUGGACGUAGAAAUAAUAGAUUUUUGAUGGUUUGGUAUGGAUUCUGUCAUGAAAAUAAUUAUUAUGAUAGUUUCCCAUUUCGAUUUUGGAGUUAUGUAAAAAGUGAUAAGAUAGAUUAGGCAAAUUUAGAUGAACUAGUUUAUACAGAUUAUGUAGAUGAUGAUGAGUAUGACAACGGGAUUAUGUGGUGUGGAUAAAAAAGAAGCAUAGAAGAAUUGACUAAAGAGUUUAGACUUAAAAAGAGUAAAUUGUGUCUAGAUUUUAUUACAUAUUUGAGAGUUUAUCUCCUUACUACACUUAAACAGAAUACUUAAAAGCCUAUCUUGAUAACAGUUCCUACUUAAAUUGAAUUUGAAAAGAAAGUGUUUGAGCUUGCCUACAAACUGCUCUGGGCACUAAAAAAGAAGGUCUUCGAUAGACCAAUAGAAGAAGAUGAAAAAGAAUUAUAAAAUCCUUAGUUAAACUACAAAAAAAGAUUUACAACAAUUUUAAAGAAGGAGCAUAAAACUAUUAUUUAAACCUAAAUUAACAUGGUAAAAUUAAUCCAAAGAAUUCUCAACGAAGUAACUGUUAAUAAUUUACUCACAUCUGCAGUUUCAAAGAAAUAUGAUGAUAUUGAGCCAACAGAAGACGAUUACUAGCUAAAUAGAGAAAGAAUAAGACAAUAUAUACAUUAGUUAUAUUUUGGUGUAUUCAAGCAAAAGCGUUGA